AUGGUUGAGCUGCGUGGAGGCGGCGGGGAGAGUUACAUUGAGAUCUGCGGCAAGGACGAAUAUGGUGUUUACGGCUUCUUGGACAAGUUCCUGACGGAAGAAUGGUCCUGCCAGAAGCUGGAUGCUGGAGAUCUCAGCGACGACACGCAGCUGCCUUUCUGCGAUGCCCUGUACAGCUGGCCCUUCUUCAAGGCGGCCGGCGAAGAAGGUCUCAGCAACAUGGGCCUUGCAACGAUGCGACUCGUCGAUUACAUGUGCAAUCAGCUGAGCUGGACACUUGGUGUCAUCAACGGCGGCAACGUCGGUUCAAAGGGCGAGGUCCGGGAGCAGCAGAUCAUUUUCAAAGCGCCUCACCCGAUGAAUUUGGUCAGCACCCACGUCAUGGUCGAGCUGCGAUCGGCAGGCUAUGUCGAGCUCUGCGGCAGCGAGGCGGGCACGCUCACGACGCUCCGGGAGCAUUUCGAGAGCCAGUAUGGAGCGGAGGUCGAAGAAGGACAUGAUGAGUUUUGCGACAUUUGCCUCAAGGUUGGCAGCGGCAUGUUCAAGGAGCGGGGGAGAAGUGGUGAGAACAACAUCGGCCAGCUCACCAGCGAAGUGUGCGAUUCUGCUGUGACCAUACUUCCCGGCUUCAGCCUCGUCACCAUCAACGGAGGCAACUACGGCGACGAUGGCUCGCACCGAGAGCAACAGAUGGUCUUCCGGUGGGACAACCACCCUCUGCGCGAAGCCCCGCACCUUUUGGUUGAGCUGAGAGAAAUUGGUUACAUCGAGAUCUGCGGACAAGAUGUUGAUGGCGUCCAUGGGAAGCUCACGAAGUACUUGAAGGAGAAGUGGCGUUGCAAGGAUUCGGUCAAGAUCCCGGGCCAGGAGCCCUUCUGCGACGUGAAGCUUGCUUGGUCUGCGAAGGACAUGAUGUGGGCUUCCGCGGACCUCACGAGCUUCUUUCAUGGCUUGGGCUGGCAGAUGCAGGUCUGCUCUCAGGGAACCGUUGUGACCAAGCGGGGAAAGUCAGAAAGUCGAGAGCAGCAGAUUCUGUUCCGACCAGGAUCCUCGCGGGAGGGUGCCGUGGAGCCUCACCUGUUCUUGGAGCUCUACACCGGGGAAGGCUCGGAGGAGCUCUAUGCUCAGCCAGACGUGACACAGGUGCCUGCGAAUCAGCAGAUUCGCUUCUGCCAAGUUGGUGACUGCUCUGCAGCAAUCGAGCCCCUCAAGAAGUUCCUCACCAACUACCUGGGUGGCGCUAUCGACGGCCAAGACGAGCAUGGGAUCAUGCGCCUGGUUGUGGAUGUCUUUCUCAGCCGGGGAGCACACGACAACAACCUGGGAUGCUGGACCAUGCGCGUGUGCGACUUCAUGGUGGCCGCUAGGCUAAAGACACGCUUGGGUCGGGGGGAGUUUGGGGGCAGGGAUCACGACCCGAUCCCGACAGGUCGAUCACCGAAUCCCCGGCUUUGCCCUGAUGCCCUGAAGGCCUAA